AAAAAUUUUUUUUUUACAAGUUUUUCUCAGCACCUUUCAACAUAUCAUUUGAAGAAUAACUGGAUAAGGGACCUUUUUUAAAAAUGUAUGUUCCUGUGAGGGUGCGCCAUAACAUCAAGCAGUUAUGCAAGGUAGUGCUUUUAUGAAACUUGAUUCAUUCGUUUUUUCAGAAAAGCUGUGGUUUCAACGAAAAUAAAAAAUGUUGAAGCUCAAAUACAAAUUGACAAAUUAAGAAUCACCAUAUGAGGAAAUUUCCCGUUGCAUCUAAUCAUUGGCCAUUAUUUUUUGUGUGUACGCUACAGAAGACUCAGCAUGACUCUUUUAUAUUAACACUCUAAAUGCUAAGAAGAAUUAAAUGCAUCUAUCUGGCUGAAUAAAACAUUUUCGUUGGAGUAAAACAAAUUUCUUUGGUUUCCGAGACAAAAAAAAAAGUUCUAUUUCCUUAUAUAAUAUUUUUAAUUUUUUCUUUUUCUCUGUUUUGUUCCUAAUAAACAAAAUGAUCUGUUAUUAGUAGUGAAACACAACUAGUUUUUGUUUGUUUUUAGUCAUUUUGAUUAUUUUUUUGUAACGCUUCACUGGUACAAAAAAAUUUCAAAAUCAAUGGUUUUUCGUAGUUCAAGACCGUGGUGUUACAUAUGUCGGGAUGAAAAACCGGAUGUUGCCUGUUCAGCACAACAUUGUAAAAAAAGUUUUCACUUUUAUUGUUUGCAACAUACGGGGUAUGACAAACCUCUCGAUGGUUGUUUAGAUGAUUUCUUGUGCGAAAGCUGUCAAGAGGAGGAUACGGAAUCAAUUUGUUAUGUUUGUAAAUCUUGUGGAACAGAUGAUUUAGUGUCCGUCGUUUACGAUGGCUCUCCAAAACAUGCACAUGCUGACUGUUUGAAACAAGAAUCUCUAGGUAACUCUGAAAGGGAUACUCAGAGUUCCUGUGAAAAAACCCAAGAGACCAUUCGAACAACUUUUGUGAAUGCUAUUGGAGGAAAACCCAAGCUGGGUAAUGUUGAUAUUUGUUAUGUAUGUCAAAAAGGUGGAAAAUUGUUAUGUUGUGAUCUAUGUGAUCAAAGUUAUCACCCAAAAUGUAUUGAUUCUGACUUUUUGGAUCCAAUCAUUUUUGAUAAAGAUGGAAAAUGGGGCUGUCCUAUAUGUUAUGGAAAAGAUCCACUAAAAAACAUGUGCCAUAAAAGAUUAACAAAAAAAGAACGACAAAAUAAAGCGGAACAAUGGCAAAAAUGUAUCGCUCGAGAAAGUCGUCGUUGUCGAGUGAAUCGAAGUCAAUUCUUAUGCUCUUGUUGGAGUGCUUUAAAACCGUUUGUUCCACCAGAUAUUUAUCAGAAAUUGAAAAAGGAAGCACCCAACUUUUCAAAAUCGAAUCAAUUGAAAGUCGAUGAUCUGAGUAUCAUUUUACCUAAAAAUGAAGAUUCGGCUAUAAAGCAAUCUGUUUUGUAUCGUGAUGAAGCUUUAUGGAAGCUAGUUGAAGAGAAAGCCAAAGUGUCUGGGUAUGAAUUACUACGUCAAGGUGUGGAGUUAAAACCUUAUCAAAUUUGGGGAGUUAAUUGGUUACUUGAAGCUUUUUACCAAAAAGCUGGAGCCAUUUUAGCUGAUGAAAUGGGUUUGGGUAAAACAAUCCAAAGCCUGGCUUUUCUCAGCGCUUUAAAAGCGUCUAGUAUUUCAGGUCCCCACUUAAUUGUUGUUCCACUUUCCACUGUUGGCAACUGGAUUCGAGAAGUCCAUUUAUUUACACCAUCACUUACUGUCACUAAAGUGUGUGGUUCUCGAUUAGAAAGAGAACACUCCAUGAUGGAUGAACUUGCUUCCAUUGGAAUUUACGAUUUAUUUGUAACAACCUAUGAAACAGUCGUCACGGAAGAAUGGUUUUUCACAGAUCGAUUUCAGUGGCAAUGUGUUAUACUGGAUGAAGCACAUCGUAUAAAAAAUGAUAAUGCUCGUAUGAGGCACUCACUUGAUCGAGUUAAAUGUAAUAUGAGAGUUCUUUUGACUGGUACCCCAUUACAAAAUAAUAUCAAAGAACUUUUCACAUUACUAAAUUUUUUAUUUCCUGAAGUCAUUAAACAAAAUAAACUUGUCGAUACAUUAUUUACAGCAUCAAAAAAAAAAACAAAUUUGUCAACUGGUUCAACUCCGUGUUCUGUUAUGGCAAAUCCAACAACAAUGAUGGACCCAUGCGUUUUAGAUAAAGAAAAAGUCAACGCUUUAACCUUACUACUUUCUAAACUAAUGCUACGCCGAACAAAAGAUUUGGUUGUCAAAUUACCAGAUAAAAUAGAAUAUGAUAUUUGGCUUCCUUUAAGCCCUUCUGCUGGUUUAUGGUAUCAACGUUUAUUAGAAUUGACAGCUUCAGCUACGGAAGAUACAACAUCACUACGCAAACUAUUAGGAGCCGUCGUUAAAAUCCGUAUUUGUUGUUGUCAUCCUCGAGGUUUGGUAUCGCGUGACACACAACUUGAAAAUUUUAUACAAACAUUUCGCGAUACUGGUUGGUCCGACGAAGAAGUCAAUUUAAUUAAAGAAGACGCUAAACAAUUGAAACAAGAAAGCUGCGGUUUACAGCAUAUCCAAUGUAGUUCAAAACUGGUGUUUUUAGAUAAAUUCUUAACACAAUUACAUUCGGAAAAUAUGGAAUUCUGUCAUAAUUAUCGCGAAGAGUUCUUGAAAGCACAAGAAAACAGAAGACAUUUAGAAAUAAGUCGACGCCAUACAGUAUUGACAAGUUUAAUGAAUGGUCGCGUGAUUCCAAAUGUUACUGCUGAAAGUGUGCAAAAAGAAAUCGAUAUUUUAACUGUACCUGAAACGUGUGAUGGUGGUGGUUUGCGUGAUCUCCAUGCAUAUCAAUAUGGUAUCACAACAUCGGAGCCUAAAAAGGAUCAUUUUAUGGUAAAGUAUAUGUAUGAUACCGAGAAUCGAGACAAAUCAAGUGAAGAACCCAGACCUCAUAAAGUUUUAGUGUUUACACAAUUUCAAUUAGUUUUAGAUGAAUUAUCAGCGUAUUGUACUUGGCGUGGUUGGCGUUUCAUGCGCCUUGAUGGUUCAACCAAUAAGAUGAUUCGCGAAUUAGAUACUAGAGAAUUCAAUAGUCCUGAUUCCAAUCAUUUCGUUUAUUUGAUUAGCACACGAGCAGGUGGUUUAGGUAUCAAUUUAGUCACAGCAAACCAUGUCGUCAUGUUUGACGAAGAUUGGAAUCCUUUUGUCGACUUGCAAGCUGUUGAUCGAGCUCAUCGUAUAGGUCAAACGAGACAUGUGCAUGUUUGGAGAUUAAUGACAGAAUGGACGAUAGAAGAGCGAAUGGCGUUACGACGGCAGCAAAAAUUACUACUGAACAAAAUGUUGAUUCAAGCCAAUGUUGAAGCGUUAGAAUGUCAGGAUGAUACGGCAACGCAUGAUAAAUUGUCUUCAGAAGAAGUUCGGCGACUUUUACAAUAUGGAAGAACAGCUUUACUGGAAGCUACUUUCGACCAUGAGAUUGAACGGUCCUCUUUGGAAGAUAUUUUGAAAAGAAAACGUCGAGAUUUAAAAGGAUUAGAAGAUGAAAAAUUAAAACAUGCUGAUUUGGAAGAAACAUGUGAAACGGAAAGCGUGUCUUUUCAUGAGGGUUUAUGGAAUGAAGAAAUAGAUGAAUCUGGGAAGGAUUUAUGCUCUAAAAGUGCAAAGGAAAGUAGUACUCCGGGUGAUCCAGAACCUCUCAACAAGGAAUUAGGUGAACAACAGGAAACGAAUGACUUUUCUUUAUACCAUCGACCUCAACGGUUACGUCGUCAACCACCUUUAACCUAUAAUCCAAUGAUACGUUUAGUCAAAGUGCAUGUUGAUCGUAAAAUGAUACGCGAAAGGCGAUGCUUUCAAUGUGGUCACGGUGGAUUACCAGUUGGUUCGAAACCUUCGGAAAAAAACAAAGCUACACCAUUAGUUGGUUGUAUGCGUUGUCCUAAGGUGUACCAUUUAAAAACGUGUUUACAAUUAAAUGAUAUGCCACCCAAAUCAUGGAUGUGUCCAUGGCAUGAAUGUUGUUUAUGUUAUCGUCGAGCUGGAAGUUGUGGUGGUCUUCUAAUUCAUUGUGUUGAAUGUCCUACUGCAUUUUGUUUUGAUUGUUUUCCGCCAGAGUAUAGGAGAUAUGAACCAGGUCCGGCAUUUUUUGAAAAUUUACAAAAAAGGGGUUGGAAUGUUACACCUCAAAAAUUUGUCACGUUUCUUUGCUCAAAAUGUAAAGCUUUAAAAGAACAAGAAAGAAGACGCCAUUUAUCUAAACAACAAUUAGAAGAUGAAAUGAGAACACGUAAGAGUCAAGAUGAUUCUGCUCGAUUGGACGCGAAAAAAGAACAUGUGAAGCAGGGAAAGUCAUUGGCGAAAGAAGAGCGAUUGAAACAAGCGACUGCAAAAAAGCAAUUUUUUGAACAGAAAAAAAAACUCGAUGCUUAUGACAAACAGUUACAAAAUGAUUUGAGAGCAGCAGUGGAUCAAUUAUAUCCACCUCGCUACAUCGAAAUUCUUUGUUUACGUAAAAGCCGUUUUUUAGAAAUGCAUCAACAUACUUCAGAAAGAACACAAGAGGUAGCUGGAGAAGAAAAAUUGGAAGAAAAAAGAGAUCAUUCUAUGAAAUUAAGACCGUGCACAUCCAAUCGAUUGAAAUGCUUUCAAAAAAGACGGUUUAUUCUUCCUGAUCGAUUUAAGCUACCAGGAGAAAUCCUUCGAUUAUGUGAUAAUUGCCAUUUACCUUUACAUGAUGCUUCACAAUGUCCUUUCCCUUUAGAAGUAUGCCGUUCAAGUGUUGUUUUCAAUCCAAUGGUUAAAGUUGAACUCACUGAAAAUACAACAGAAUGUAUUGAAUCUGCAAGUAAAGCUGAACACGUUAACAAUUCUGGUACAGAGGAACUCAACGAAACCAAAUCUCACUCUCGUGAAGUAACGUUGCAAUGCGUGGAAACGCCGUUGCUCACAGAAAAUGAAACAUUGGCGGAACAAACAGAAACAACAGUCGACACGCAUGGGACAUUGGAGGAACGAACGGAAACAACCGCGGACACGCAUGGGACAUUGGAGGAACGAACGGAAACAACCGCGGACACGCCUGGGACAUCAGAGGAACGAACGGAAACAACCGCGGACACGCAUGGGACAUUGGCGGAACGAACAAAAACAACCGUGGACACGAAUGGGACAUUGACGGAACGAGCGGAAACGACCGCGGGCACGAAUGGGACAUUGGCGGAACAAAUAGAAACAACAGUGGACACGAAUGGGACAUUGGCGGAACAAAUAGAAACAACAAUGGACACGAAUGGGACAUUGGCGGAACAAAUAGAAACAACAGUGGACAUGGAGGAGACACUAUCAGAGCCGAUGGAGACGACAUCGGUAGUUAUACAGACAAUGUCGGACGUGGAUGAAACACCAUCGGAAUGCGUACGAACAAAGUCGGAUGAGGAUGAGACGCUACCGGAAUUGAUGCGAAAAAAGACGGAGACAUUAGACACGGCAUUAAAAUUGAUGGAAACCAAGCUAGGCACUAGUGAAACUCUAUUGGAACCAAUGAAAAUGAAAUCGGAAACUUGGGAAACUAAACAAAAAUUCGAACCGUGUCCAAAACUAAAAUGUCGCACUGUCUGCUCAUUAUGUCAAUCCAUUACGAAAUUGCAUUCAAGAAAACACUGUUCUUUAUUAAGUGACACAGAAAAACAAGAGUAUGAAGAACGACGAAAACAAUAUCAUGAUUUCGUUGUGUCGGUUCAAAAAAAAUCAUCUGAAGAAAAGGAUCGCCUUUGCAUUCCGUCCAAUUUCGAAUCCUUCUUUACGGAAACGUACGAUUUGUAUAGUAUAGCAGACAAAAUUUUUGAUGGAACGCGACGUCAACUUGAAUGUGAAUUGCAUAAAAAACUUGGAGAAUGCUUGACUUUAGCUGGACUUGAAAAGUGUAUUGUUGUACAAGAACCAGCUUGUUCACCAAAAGUGUGCUCUAAAGACUCCACGAAAGAUACCGAUCGAGCAGCUCGUCGUAAACAUGUCAAAGUACGCCAAGAAGUUAAAACUCCUAAAAUGGAGGAGGAACAAAAAGGGGCUGUAAAAAAAAAUGUUAUAAAAAAACGUCAUGACACUUCUGUAUGUUGUGAAAAACCCAAAAAACAAAAGACGCAAGAAGAAGAAAAAAAACCGUGCGCUAUUAUACCAUCAAGUUGUUUAACAAAAAUUUUUGAAAAAAAACAAAAUACAGUAGAAGAACAAAUGAAAGCAAGCGCUUCAUGUAGUUUAAAGCCCAAUAUCAAGGAAACAUAUCAGAUGGCUCCUGGUUAUAAAAAUAUAAUUGUCCCAAAUCGAACGCAUGACAUAAAAGAACCUGUGAAAACGUUAGGAGUAAACGGAACGAAUCACUCGAAAAAAAACCACGUGUCCCAAACGUGCGGAACGUCGCGUGUAGGGGUGCGUGGGCCUACACCAGUACCCUAUAUGGGACAACAGCACACUGCUAAAGUCUCAUGUCGCUCGGAUACUAUAGCGUAUCCAAAACAUACAGGCUUACCACAUAGAGCACCCUCUCAACAUACAUUACGGGAUUUGUUCAAUGCUUUUAACGCUCAGAAUGCAUCCAGCAAUGUACGACAUUUGAGUCAUUCAUUAAAUAUUCCUAUGGCAUCAGGACCAUGUUACGCAACGCAUCCGACCUCACCUAACGAUAUGAUGGUAGCAGCAGCCUUUCUAUUUAAUGCUCAACAACAUUCAUCCGAUGUUUUAUCUAUGCAUCCUCACCCUCUUCUAAAUCAUCCCUGUAUGCCUAAUACAUCUCCUUUUUGGACACCUAUGCCACAACCAAUUCUUUCUCCUAUGGACCCUAAUUUUCCUUCAUCAGCUCUUCAGUUCUCGUCUUCGGUGCCAACCACCCUAGUCGAAUCAAUGUCACAAAAGCCUCCAGCCUGUGACACCAGUAAUGAAACAGAUUCCAUGUCUUAA